CGGCACGUCAAUUCUUUCUAGCUGUUAUCGGAUCAUUUUGGUACUUGAUACGGCCACACAAAAAUGACUGUUAAGGCGAUAAGACAAAUAGCAAAGGGUCAGAAUGGCCUCGGCGCAUUUAUCCUCCAGUGCAAGAAGUUAGACUUCUACUACUGUGACUGGGCCGGUAGCUCCAAGGGUAUGAAUGGCUUCAUCAAGUCUCUUCUCCCCAAGUUCGCCGCCGCCAACCCUCAAGUCGAAUUCUCCAUCUCCCCUCGACCCGGAAAGCACCCCGUCGUUGUCGGUCACUACAUCAAUGGUCGAACUAAGCCCAUCUGUGUCCGAAACCUAUCACCAUACGAGAUCCUUCAGAAGGCCGAGUUAUUGCGUGAUGCUAGCGGAGAGAAGUUGAAACGUUACAACAAAGCAGUCAACAGCGCCCAACCAAGUGUGCGUGGCGUCUGGUCCCCAUACCACGGCAAGGGAAUGGUUGUUUAAAAGCUGGCUUCUACGAUUGGGUUUUCUGUACAUUUAUGUGUUUUGUAAACAAUAUUGGGGUUGCUUGUAGCAUUGGGUUGCUUGGAAAUUUGUAAGAUUUAUAGCAAGAUCUCCAUGAUGUUAGGGGCAUGAAUGACAACUGCUUCUCAUCUUCACCACUGGCUGAAUGUCUAUGCUCA